CUUUUUUGCCAGGCCUUGAGGUGGAGGGACCUGCGCCGUGGGGUUGUUUUCACUGAGGGGAGUGGGGUUAAAAUGGAGUGGUUGCAGCCAGGCCGGAGAAGGUGUGGGUGGGAGCCUUUUAGGGCCAUCAAGGGCCUGCAAGUCAACACCAAGGCAUAAAGAAUCUUAAGGGGAUGGAAGGGGUUUGUAACCAAAUAUCAAGGCAGGAGGCAUAUUGCUUCUUAGAAUAAAGACAAUAUCAGGACAGGAGACAUCUUCCUUCUAAAAGUAAAGAGACCUAAGGGGAAGGAAAGGUUGCAUCCAGACGUCAAGACAAGAGAAAUAUUCCUUCUAAGAAAAAGGAGGCUUAAGGGAAGGGGAAGAUUGCAACCAAACAUCAAGGCAAUUUUCCUUUUUAGAGUAAAGACAAUAUCAGGACAAGAGCCAUGUUCCUUUGAACAGUAAAUACAAUAUCAAGACAGUGGACAUUUUUCUUCUAAGAAUAAAAAAGCUUAAGGGAGAAGGCAAGGUUGCAACCAAACAUCAAGAUGGGAGACAUAUUCCUUCGAACAAUAGAUAUAAUAUCAAGACAGUAGAUAUAUUCUUUCCAAGAGUAAGGAGGCUUAAGGGGCAGUGAAGGCUGCAUAUAAACAUCAAGACAGGAGAAAUAUUCCUUCUAAGAGUAAGGAGACUUAAGGGGAAGGAAAGGUUGCAACCAAAUAUCAGGCCAAUAGAUAUAUCCCAUCAAAUAAUAAAGAGGCUUAAGGAGGGGAAGGUCUCAAGAUGGGAGACAUGUUCCUUUUUAGAGUAAAUACAAUAUUAAGACAGUGGACGUAUUCCUUCUAAGAGUAAGGAGGUUUAAGGGGAGGGGAAGUUUGCAAGCAAAUACCAAGAUGGAAGACAUGUUUUUUCUUAGAGUAAAUACAAUAUCAGAACAGUAGGCAUAUUCCAGCAAAGAAUCAGGAGGCUUCAGGGAAGGGGAAGGUUGCAACUAAACAUCAGGCCAAUAGAUAUAUCCCUUCAAACAGUAAGGAGGCUUAAAUGGAGGGGAAGGUUGCAACCAAAACCCAAGACAAUAGAUAUAUUCCUUCUAUGAGCAAGGAGACUUUAGGAGAGGGGAAGGUUGCACUCAAACAUCAGAACAGUAGACAUAUUCCUUUUAAGAGUAAUGGGAUUAAGGGGAGGGGAAGGUUGUAAACAAGCAUCAAGACAGGAGAUAUAUUCCUUCUAAGCGUAAGGAAACAAGGGGAGGGGGAGAUUGCAACCAAACAUCAAGAUGGAGGACAUGUUCCUUCUUUUAGUAAAUACAAUGUCAAGACAGGAGACCUAUUCCUUCUUAAAGACAAUAUCAGGACAGGAGUCAUGUUCCUUUUAAAAGUAAGGAGAUUUAAGGGGAGGAAAUGGUGCAUCCAACCCAAAUGUCAAGACAGGAGAAAUAUUCCUUCUAAGAGAAAGGAGGCUUAAGGGGAGGGGAAGGUUGCAACCAAAUAUCAAGACAAAUAGACAUAUUCCUUCUAAGAGUAAGGAGGCUUAAGGGGGAGGAGAAGGUUGCAACCAAACAUCAGGCCAGUAGAUAUAUCCUUUCAAAGAAUAAGGAGGCUUAUUGCUUCCAACUGUCAAGCCAGGAGAUAUAUUACUUCUAAGAGAAAGGAGGCUUAAGACGAGGAGGUUGCAACCAAAUAUCAAGAUGGGAGACAUAUUCCUUCUUAGAGGAAAUACAGUAUCAAGACAGUGGACCUAUUCCUUCCAAGAGUAAGGACGCUCAAGGGGAGGGGAGGGGAAGGUUGCAACCAAACAACAAGACAAGUGAGAUGUUCCUUCUAAGAGUAAGGCACAAGGGAGGAGAAGGUUGCAACCAAACAUCAAGAUGGGAAACAUGUUCCUUCUAAGAGUAAAUACAAUAUAAAGACAGGAAACCUAUUCAUUCUUAGAGUUAAUGUAAUAUCAGGACAGUAGGCAUAUUCCUUUAAGGAACCAGGAGGCUUCAGGGGAGGGGAAGGUUGCAGCUAAACAUCAGGCCAGUAGAUAUAUUCCUUCAAAGAAUAUGGAGGCUUAAGGGGGAGGGGAAGGUUGCAACCAAACAUCAAGACGAUAGACAUAUUCCUCUAAGAGUAAGGAGGCUUAAAGGGAGGGGAAGGUUGCAACCAAACAUCAAGACAAUAGACAUAUUCCUUCGAAGUGUAAGAAGGCUUAAGUGGAGGAGACUGUUGCAGCGAAAUAUCAAGACAGGAGACAUAUUCCUUCUAAAAAUUAGGAGGCUUAAGGGGGAGGGGAAGGCUGCAAUCAAACACCAAGACAGGAGAUAUAUUCCUUCAAUGAGUAAGCAAGCUUUUCUGGGGAGGAGGCAAUUGUCACCUAGUGUGUUUAUAGAGGUGUUGUUCCCUAGGCUUCAAAAUGUCUUGGACUAACUCUGGCCUCUAAUCUAUAUUUGAAAGGAUCUCUAUGUAUGUAAUCCUAUUGUUUGUCUGAAACAAAUAUGUUAUUUUCUGUUUCUCCAGUUCUGAAUGGUUUCAGCCAUUUAUAUUACAUUUAUAUUUAAAAUAUUUUAACAUGAGUAAGCCUUAGUGGCAGGCUGCAGUGACCAUUUAAUGCAGUUUCAGGUUCCUUCCACACUACCCUAUAUCCCAGGAUCUUAUACCAGGUUAUCUGGUUUAAACUGGAUUAUAUGUUCCAUGCAAUCAUGCCGGCCACAUGACCUUGGAGGUGUCUACGGACAACGCCGGCUCUUCGGCUUAGAAAUGGAAAUGAGCACCAACCCCCAGAGUCAGUCACGACUGGACUUAACGUCAGGGGAAAACCUUUACCUUUAUAUGUUUCCCAGAUAACCUGGGAUAAACAGAUAGUCUGGGAUCAGAUCCUGGGAUACAGGGGCAGUGUGAAAGGGGCAUCGAACUGAUAUUGAAGAAAGUGGUUUUACUCUGCAGAUGAUUAUAUAGGAAAUCCUGGGACCACUUUGAGGCCUGGGUGGCAUUGAUGCACAUUAAGGGAUUUGCAUUCUUUCGUGGGAGUUUUUUGUCUGUCUCCACAGUUGGAAGUUAUCUUCAAACUGCAUUUAAAUGGGAUGUGUUAAGUGUAAAAGUAUAACAACGUUGCGAUUGUAGCCAAAAGGGAUGAUUUUAGAGAUGUUUCUAGAGAUGUCAUCCUCAGGCUGAUAAAUGUCUCGGGCUACCUUGGCAUCUAGUCUUUAUUUAAUAGGGUUUACUGUUCAUUUGAAAUAGCUAUGUUUUCUUCCAUUUUCCAGUUUUGAAUACUGAAUCAGUUCUCUCAUUACUCAUACAGAACCAUAGAGUUGAACGAAACCCCAAGAACCAUCCAGUCUAACCCCCUUCUGCCAGACAGGAGUACAUCAUCAAAGCUCCCCCAAUAGAUGGCCACCCCAUCUCUCCUUCAAAAUAUCCAGAUAAGGAGACUUGACCACACUCUGAGGCAGCAUAUUCCACAGCUAAACAGCUCUUACUAUCAGGAAGUUUUUCCUAAAGUUUAGGUGGAAUCUCUUUUCCUGUAGUUGGAACCCAUUGCUCAGUGUCUUAGCCUCCAGAGCAGCAAAGUACAUGUACAUUUAUAGUUUUUAAAAAGUUGUACUUUUGUGGGCAAGAGUAAGGAAAGUUAAGGUUGUAGCGAAACCAGUGAUUUUAGAAGUGUUGUCUUCAGGGUGAGAAGUGUCUUAGGCUAGCUCUAAAAUCUAGUCUAUAUAUACAUAAUUCUUUUUUCAUCAGAAACUGAUAUAUUGUCUUCUGUUUCCCAGUUCUGAUUAUUUCCCCGUUUUGCCAUUGUUAAUAUACAUUUAUAUUUUAUAUAUUUAAAAUUGAGCAAAUCUUAUUUGCACUUUUAAGCAUGGAGAUGGAUAGAGCAGAUUUUAGCCAGGUGCAGAGAAAGAUUAUGCAGGCCGAUCUUAUAUGCAUUUAUUCAGACAAGUCCCACUGAACUUCUAAGUCAUUGUAUAUAAGAACUGCGACCUUAGUGAACUUGAAAUGGCUAAUGUGAGAAAAGAGUCCAGAUAUAUGUAUUUAUGGUGUGUGUGUAUGUUAGUGUAUGUAUAUGCACACUAAUAGAUUUCAGGGCAUCCAAAAAUGUUUAUAUCUUUUAAAGAUAAUAGUAACUGGUAAUUACUGAAGAUUAAGUAAGUGUAUUUAUAUUGAAGAAUGAAUGUUAUAAUGGUUUAAGCAGAGCUACACAUUCCAUCUUAAAUUACAAUUUUAUGUAAGGUGUUCAGAUUGCUAUCUCUGUGUAGCACUGCAUUACCAAGCAGAGCUGCAUGUUCUACUGUGUUCAAUCCUGUUAAGGAUUCAUAAAUUUUUUACAGAAAAAGAAAAGUUCAAAAUUGUAGACUGUUAUGAGUGUAUACAAUUUUGGGGAUAUCCUUUAUAUACAAGGUAGGGUUUAGAAGAAUAGAGGCUGAAGUAUAAAGCUUCAUGGAUUUUUUUCUUCAGAGAAGUGCUAGUCAAGGGUCCCUGGAGAGUUUUCAGGGGAAAAAAAGACAGUUAAUUGAGACAAAUGUCAUACUACUCCCAGGCAUGCUUGGGAUGAGAGUGGGAUUGCUGUUCCCUUACGUUAGAUACCACAAGCAGUGCUGCUCUAAGGGAUUAUGAUCCUUUUUAUUUGGAAAAAAAAGAGAGAACAGGUUUUGAAGUAUUUGCCAGCAGAGAUAGUAGCUUUGAGCUCAAACCCACAUGUCUUUUAGACUGUUUAUGGUGCUUGAGUUUAGGGAAAAAUAAUACUGUUGUAAAUUGUGGAGUAGUGGUAAACUAGGAGACUGUGUGAGGUAAAGUUUCCCUAGGAAACAUAUGUUAUAAAUGUGGUUAUAGGGCGAACCUAUCAACACAGUUUGGGGGAUAAGAUGUGUUUAAUGGGAAGGAAAAGCAAAGCAGGAUAUAUGCUGAGACUUCUAUCAGAAAUAGAGAAGAAAGAAAGGUGUGUGCAGAUGUUGGGCUAGAUGCAGGCUGGAGCUAUAUGUUUUUUGUGAGAUAGGAUGCUUACUGGCUCUCUUAAGUUUUGUUCUUUGUUGUCUGUACAUCUUAUUUUUUCACGCUUCAGUCUGAGGUGGAGGAAGAUUAUAUUUCCUAAUACAAGGAAUGCUUGGCAAAAGCUCUCAGUUGCUCUUCCUUUCUCUUCAUUCCUGUCUUUUGACACACUCCCUGUAUUUUAUUUUAGGUAUCAGAGGCACCAGUGGUGCUAGCCUGUGGGAGCCAUGUACAAUGGGAUAGGACUCCCCACUCCCCGGGGCAGUGGCACCAACGGUUACGUACAGCGCAACCUGUCAGCUGUGCGACACAAGAAGGAUCGCACUGACUACAAGUCAGAAGAAGAGUUGAGGAAGCUGGAGUCGUCCCUAGUUAAAAAACCUAACCAGGACAUCCUGGACCACGAGCGCAAGCGGAAAGUUGAGCUGAAAUGCUUAGAACUGGCUGAGCUAAUGGAAGAGCAAGGGUAUGGAGCUGGGGAGAUCCAGGAGAAAGUAGCCACUUUUCGGAUGAUGCUUCUUGAGAAGGAUGUAGCAGUAGUCAAAGAGGGGGAACAACAGCAGAAGCCAACUGUCACUGAGACCCAUCAGUUGGCUGAGGCCAAUGAGAAGAAGAAUGAGAGGCUUCGAGCUGCCUUUGGCAUUAGUGAUAACUAUGUGGACGGCAGCUCUUUUGACCCCAACCGCAGGGCCAAGGAAGCGGCAUCAGCUGCUGCAGCUAAGCAACAGCAGGAGCAGCAAAAGCAGUACAGUCUUGUCAAAGAGUCCAGCAGUUCCCGAUCACCGUCUCCAAAACAGAAAAAGAAGAAAAAGAAGAAAGACCGAGGCAGGUCUGAGAGCCGGUCACCUUCUCGAAGGGAGAGGAAGAAAAGUUCAAAGAAAAAGAAACACAGGUCAGAGUCAAAGAAAAGGAAGCACAGGUCGCCAACUCCCAAGAGCAAACAUAAAUCUAAGGACAAGAAACGGAAGAGGUCCACUAGUGAAUCUGCUUCUCAAAAAGGACGUCGGGAUCGUUCUUCUUCAAUACAUCAUUCUUCGUCUUCAGAUGGUUCUCGCAGCAGGUCAGGCAGCAUCUCUACCCAGAAACGAGCUGCUUUAAGACAUCAGAGCAAGUCUCCCUCAACAUCUUCACGGAAGCAAGAAGAAAGUGAAGUAAUUUCAAAGAGUCUGCCAGGUAGAGAGCGUUCAUCUUCUUCUGAACCUGCCCGGCGGGGCAGGAGCACAAGUCCUCGAGAAAGUAGAGAAAAGCGGGAGAAAACCUCUUCCAAGCAUUCUCCAGUACGUGAAACCCGCCAACGAUCAGCCAGUCCUUUAUCUCCUGUCAAAGAGAAGGAAAAAGAUAAGGAGAGAAAGUCUGCUCGGCAUGGGGGUCAGAAAUCUACUCCUUCAUUUGAGCAGGAUUCAAGACUCAAACAUCGCUCCCCAGGGCCAAAUGAUCCUCGGGAAAAAGUCUCAGGACACAAUCGUCCUUCCUCUAAAGAGAGCAAGUCUCCUACCUAUGCCUCUCCACCUCCUAAGAAGCAAGCAGAGGAUCAGAAUGGUACUCUUCCACUAACCAAGACUAAGAUGUCCCCUGACAAGAAGGAGCAGCCAGUGCCGUCCUCAUCUUCUCCUUCUAAAACCAAGUCAAGGAAAGUCUCUCAUGAAGGUUCUCCAUCUCGGCACUCCCGUUCUCCAUCAGAGAGUGGUAGCUGCUCUUCUUCCUCCUCUUCUUCCCCAUCCCCAGCAAGAAAGCCAGCCCCAGUUUCUCGUAGCUCUUCCCCAGAGGAGCCCCCCAAAAGGCAAGACAAAGAGAAGGCCUCUACCCAGAGACAGCGGUUGAGCUCAUCCCCUGAAGUCUCCCACUCUGGGCACAAACAAUCUUCCAAGAUCACAUCUCGACGUGAACUAUCAGGCUCACCUCCAUCCAAGAGCACCAGGUCAAGGACCAGUCGCAGAGACAAGUCUCUUUCCCCAACUCCCAUUGCUCGCAGAGGUAGAUCACGGUCUCGCACCCCACCUAAGAGAGGAAGAUCACGCACACCUCCAAGGAGGGGAAGAUCUCGCUCUCUUCAGAGACGUGCCCGAUCCCGUUCACGGACUCCUCUGAGAAGGGCCCGUUCUCGCAGUCCACAAUGGCGGGGCCGGUCAAGAACGCCCCAUCGUUGGGGGAGGUCACGGUCACGCACUCCUCCCAGAUGGGGACGGUCACGUACACCUCAGAGGCGUGGCUGGUCUCGUUCUAGAACUCCUCAAAGGCAUGGAUGGUCUAGAAGCAGAAACAGUGGGAAAUGGGGAAGGUCAAGAACACCACCUAGAAGGGGGAGAUCACGCUCACGUACCCCACCAAGAAGAGGCCGGUCUAGAUCUAGGACUCCGCCCAGACGAGCACGGUCUCGAUCUCGGACUCAGUCUAGAAGAGGCAGAUCUAGAACCAGAACCCCUCCCAGAAGAGGAAGGUCAAGCUCUUCACCGAGAAGAGAGAAAUCUAUGCUUUCAGCAAGACGAAGCAGGUCUGUGUCAUCUCCAGGCCGUAAAGCCUCUAGAAUUUCUUCAAGGAGAAGUCGCUCUGAUUCUUUUUCUAGAACAAGAGACAGAACCAGAAAACCACUAAGACGUAGCCGUUCAGGAUCGUCCCCUGCAUCAAGAAGCAGAUUGCGAGCAUCUCCCAGACGCAGUCGAUCUGGUUCUGUACCAAAGGCAAAAAAGAAAUCUCAGUUGUCUCCUAGAAGAAGUCGUUCUGGUUCCUCUCCAAGAUCUAGGAAGAAAAAAUCAAGAACACCUCUGAGGCGCAGUCGUUCUAGUUCUUCUCCAAGGUUGAAAAAGAAGUCAAGAUUAUCUCCAAGGCGGAGUAGGUCUCGUUCUUUUCCAAACCCAAAGCAGAAAUCUAGAUCACCUGCCCGACGUAGCAGAUCCAGGACUCCUCCAGGACUCAAAAAUAAACCCAGGCCAUCUCCAAGGAGCAGAUCUGGUUCAUCUCCAAGAGUCACAAAGAAGCCCGAUAUUUCAUCUGUGGUUGAAGAGAAGUCUAAGAUACCUUCCAGAAGAAGUCGAUCUGGUUCAUCUCCAGGACAGAGGAAGCAAUCUAAGUCACCUGUGAGAGGCAACAGAUCUGGGUCCUCUUCAGAUAUGGAAGAGAGAUUGCCAAGGAGGCGAAACAGGUCUGAGUCUUCUCCAGAAGAAAAAACAAAGUCAGGAUCAGGGACAUCACCAGGAUUGAAGAAAGAGUUGAGUUCACCUCAAAGGCAAAGCCGAUCUAGUUCCUCUCAGUCAUCAACAAAGGAAAAUUCCUUGUCACCCCCAACACGAACAGCCUCACCAGAAACAAAGUCGACAUCUCCAUUGCAGCCAAGCAGAUCAGGGAAGUCUCUAGCAACAAAGGAAAAACUUCAAUCUCCACACCUAAGACAGAGUGGAUCGCCUCCAGCUUUGAGAGAGAAAUCUCUUUCUCCAAGGCGAACUGCAUCUGGAUCUUCCUUUGAAUCGAAGAAGAAACCCACUCCACCACUGGAGAAAUGCAAACCUGACUCUUCAGAUUUGAAGAAAUCCAGAUCACCACCAAGACGAAGGAGGUCUGGCUCUUCACCACUGGUAAAAGAACAGUCUAAAUCACCUCCCAGGAGCAAGUCCAGAUAUUCUCCUGAUGCAAAGAAAUCUAAAUCACCUUUGAAGCAGGUCAAAUCUAGCAUUUCACCUUCACCAGUGAAAGAGAAGUCUAAGUCGCCUACCAGGAGAAGUGGAUCAAGAUCAUCUCCUGAACUCAAUGGUAAAUCUAAAUCUCCCCAAAAGCAAAAUAAAUUUCAAGAAGCCAAGGCAAAAUCCAGGUCACCUCCAAGACACAACAAAUCUGGUUCCAUGGCAGUAACCGCAAAAGUUACCUCACCAUGUAAAUCAGCUUCAUCUCUCUCUGGAAAAGAUAAAUCACAGUCUCCCUCAAGGCAAGGCCACCGGGAGUCACCCCCAGGCAUGAAGAAGCCAGAGAUUUCAUUGAGGCGAAGUAGAUCUGGUUCAUCCUCUUCAUCUUCAUCUUCCUCUUCCUCCUCAUCCUCUUCUUCCUCUUCUUCUUCAUCAUCAUCAUCUUCUCCAGAAGAUGACAAAUCUCAAUCACCCCCCAAACUGAGUCGUUCUGCAGCAGUGUCAAUCAACAAAAGCAAACCUGCAUUAUCCCCAGUGCACAGGCAGUCAGAUUCCUCCCCAGAAACCAAGAAUGGCACAUCUGCAUCAGUUGCAAAGCACACCAAACUUGCAGCUUCUCCAGAAUCAAGAGAGACUUCAGGAAGUCAGCUGAUGGGUCCUAGAUCGCCUUUAGAGAAGAAAGACAUAAUGAGGGAUGUACCUCGAAGGAGUAGAUCAGGGUCAUAUCCUGGAGUUAAGGAGAAGCCAAGAAGGCAGUCCAGUGACAGCAGUUCAGACUCCUCUCCAGAACGGAAAGAAAAAUCUCUUAGCCGAUCUGUGUCACCAGUGAGACCUGUAAAAUCAAGGACACCCCCAAGAUGUCGAACUUCAAGGUCACCAGUUAGACUUAGAGCAAAAUCCAGAACUCCACCAAAACGUGGCCGGUCUGGAUCACCACCAAGACCCAGAGUAAGAUCCAGAACACCCACAAGACGACGUAGGUCUGGGUCAUCUCCACGGCCGCGAUUGAAAUCUAGAACUCCUCCAAGGCGGCGCAGGUCUGGGUCAUCUCCAAGGCCCCGAAUGAAAUCCAGAACUCCACCUCACCGUCGCUAUAGAUCUGGAUCCUCUCCCAGGCCUCGAAUGAAAUCUAGAACCCCUCCCCGAAGGCGCAGGUCUGGAUCAUCUCCACGCCCCAGAGAAAAAUCUAGAACACCGCUUACAAGACGACGACGGUCUGUAUCACCACUGAGCCCCAAACGGAAAUCUCAAACACCUCUGAGGCGUGGAAGAUCCAGAUCACGCUCCAGAGACAAGUCAAACACCAGCAGGAAUCUACGUGGGUCUAAGUCAUCAUCCCACUGUGAUAGAAGGAGAAGCUCCUUACGCCGGGGAAGAUCUCGCUCCUCCUCACAGAGGAGCCGCUCCCCUUCACUCUCCAGGCGACGAGACAAGUCUAGGGGGUUGCUACGGCGGGAAAGGUCUGUUUCGUCCCCAGGGCGAAGUCAGUCACGUUCCCCAUCUCGUCAGGACAAAUCUCACUUCAAGCGGAAGGGUGAGCGCUCUAUCAGCUCACCACGCAGGGGUAAUUCUCGAUCACCAGCACGAAGAGAGAUGUCAAGGCUGUCCCCUCAGCAGUCUUCUGCCAGCCGAAAUGCAUCCCGUUCACCUCCAAGGUUAGAUGCUUCACGUGUCACAGCAGCCUAUAAAAGCACCGGGUCCAGAGCAUCUCCUGAUUUUCAAACAUCCCCUGUGAGGAAGCAUUCCAGAUCAAGCUCCAGGGAAAUUUGCACUUCUCCAGCAAGGAAAUCCCGCUCCCCUCCUGUGCUGGAGAGAUACCCUAAAGCUGACAGCCAAGAGAAAUCAGCAGUCUCUUCCCUCUGGCACAUAAAAAGCAACACUGCCGUUCCCCUGACUCCAAGUCCAGCUCAUGACUCCCCCAAAUCCCAAAAGAUCCUUUCUCCUACACCAUCCAUGUUACGGGAAUCCCCUGCAGUUUUGAAGAAUGGUAGUUCCAGUACUCUCAGAGACAUACCAGGAGAUAAGAGUCAGACCAUACAGUCUGCCCUGUUUAAGGAUGAUCCAGCUGCUGGUGCUCCUCUGUUGUCAGGGAGAAGCAGUCCUCAUGCAGGUUCCCCUUCUCUAUCCAAAGCUAGGUCGCCAUCCCCCGCCUCUUCCUCCUCUGCUUCCUCCAGUCCCUUGCCAGCCCUGGUUUCUGUGCUUGGCCCAGUCCCCAAAGAAGAAGAGUUGGUUGCUGAAACCAAUGUAGUAGAAAGGCCUGAAGGCCACCUCCCCAUGCUUGAGGCUGAGCCACAGUCAGCUUGUGAUGCCACAGAAGGGAAUUCCAAGGGCAGUUGUACCACAGCCCCACAACUAGCCCCCCCUUGCCCACCACCCUCCAUCCCCUCAAAGGCAAAGAGAAGUCCAUCAGCUUCAUCCACCACUUCCUCAUCGUCCUCCUCAUCUUCCUCCUCCUCUUCAACGUCUGAUUCGGAAUCCAGCUCAUCUGAAUCAAAUCCUCAAGAUAAAGCAACAAAGGCAAUUGUGGCUGAGGUUGAACUGAAAAAGCUGCCAAGCCCAGUGCUGAAGGAGAGUAACCAGGAUGAGCAGCCUCCAGAAGUGGGCAAGCGUAAACGCCAUUCCCGAAGCUCCAGCAGUUCCAGCAGUAGCUCAUCUUCCUCCUCCUCCUCCUCCUCUUCUUCCUCCUCCUCCUCCUCAGCCUCUUCCUCUUCGUCGUCGUCCUCAUCCUCACCAUCACCUGCUAAGACUGGAUCCCAGGUGUCAGCCAAGGCAGCCCCCAAAAAGAAGCCCUCUCCAGAGAAAAAGAAGUCACGCAGCCCCCGAAAGCCUAUUGACUCUCUGCGUGAUUCUCGUUCCCUCAGCUACUCCCCAGCAGAACGGCGCCGUGCUUCACCUCCAGUGCAGCCACCCCUGACUUCAAGGGACCGACGUAGGGACAGGUCCAGGGAUAGGUCCACACAGAGAAACAGACGAAGCAUCAGCAGAUCCCCAGGGCGGAAGCGGCGACGCAAAUCCCCCAGCCCUCGAGCCCUCCGCCGCAGAACUUCAAGGUCCCCCUAAACUUCUUGGGAGAGUCUGGAAAGCCCUUGCCCAUGCAACCAUAGACUGCGCCAUCCAGCCUCCCUCAGUGCUGUCCCAGGUGGGAGCCCCCUGCCUUCUGAUGCCCAUUGGAAACCAAUGUGUUUGCAUGGGAGGAGGGAGGGGGCUCUUCAUUUGCCAUUGGCUUUUUAUUCUCAUUAGUUCUUUUUCCUUCACUGUCCCCGUCUUUAUUGCCCAUCAUUUGUUGGCAGCUACAUUCCCCUCCUCCCUGGACAUUUCUGCUCAGCACCCACCAGGAUCUGCUGCCUCUGCGCUCCUCCUCCUCCUCCUCCUCCAACAGUUGGUGACGUUUAUUUGACUCCCCCCCCCCCUCCUGUGAGCGUUUUUUUUUCUGUGCGUUUUACAGCUUAAAAACCCCUUUACUUCUGUGUUUUGAGAAAGGAGUCUUCUUUUCGUUGAUUUAGACAUAAAAAGGUUUUUAAAAAGAAAACACAAAAAGGGGUGGGUGGGUGGGUGGGUGGGGAGUAGGGAGAUAUGUGAGCUUAUCUGUUUGAUUUAGUGUUUCUCAGGCACCCUUGUCUGAAAUGGCAGAGGGUUGUAGGAAAUAAAACCCAGAAGGAGUGCAUGUUGGUGUUGAAGAUCUCCUAAAGUUCAGUGAGGGGCAAGUUUUGGGAAGGGCUCUUCAGUACCCCUCCCUCCGCUGCCUACAGGCGAGCUUUUUUUUGUUUUUGUUUUUGUUUUUUUUUAAGAGAAGGAAAAAGGAUUUUUUUUUUUAGUAGCAGCCUGCAGCACUGGGGUUGACUUUUUGAUGGUAGCAAAAUUAAGGAUCAGACCAUUCCUAUCCCCCAAAACAAACAGAUUUUAAUAUGCUGUGCUCUUUUUUUCCUUUUCAUCCCUCCCUCGAAGCAGACUCUUUCAUAUUGAUCAGCUGAGCCAGGUCAGGAGGGGUCAAGAAUAGGGACUGGAAACUGGGCAGUCAGUCAUUUUAUGAGGGGAAGUUGAUGGAGAUUUUGCUAGAAAGAAGCUGAGAAACCCUAAAUCAGGGAGGGGUGGGAACAGAAGUUUCUUCAUAUUUCUUAAAAGCAUUUAAUUUUUUUUGAUAUGUACAGCAAGGAGAUUUUUUCUGUCAAAUAAAAAAUUACGAAAUGCA